AUGCUGCCUCAGCACAUAAUCCCAUGAUCAGAAUCCGAGAAGAUCUCUGUCAGAAUUCACUCAUCACUGGUACAUGGUGGGGAGAAUUGAAGCAGAACUACUGCAUACUCAAGGCUGUGAUGUCUCACUACGUACUGUCAAGCUGGCUACUUUGUGCCUGUAUGAUCCUGAGUUGCUGUGCAGUGCUACAAAACUGUCCCUCAAGUGAAUGUCCUACCCUCUCGGAUAUUGAUCUGAGUCCUCUCCAGGGAACCUGGGAGACUGUUUACUACAGUCAAGCAGAAGGUGAAGAAAACCCAGACAUCCCCAACUUCUUCAACGUCAGUCUGUGCAGGCCCCUGAGUGCUCCCACUACCUGUGCCAAUUCCAGAUUAUGCUAUUCUGAGCAUCUCAACGUCUUCACUGAUAUAGGUCAGAACUGUCGCUAUGACUAUGACGCUGGAAUCAAACAAGUUAAAUUUGUGUUCGACUACGCUCCUGGACUUGUGUAUGGGAGUGGCAAUGUGUCUGUGACUCUGGUUUGUGGUCGUACCUUGGGUGUACCAGAGGUACUAGAAGGUGAUCCCAACUCCCAUGCCAUUGAAAUUCUCUGGGUGACAUCUGCUGCCUGUAAGAACAGCUCCUCUUUGGCUGCUAAUGCCCAGGAGGAAAAGUGUUAUCACGUUCACCCAUACUUGGACAAUGGCCUGAAGGCAAAGUUUAUUGACCUAACAAACCUAAUUCACCCUGAAGGAUAUGCGGUUUCCUAUCCUGAGCGACCAGCAAGUAGUUUCUUAUUGUCAGUGUGUCGGCCAUUGGAAAAUGUUGGUGGUUGUUCCGGAGCAAUGGCUUGCCUAAAUCAAACUGACUCGGGCUUUAACUCGGGUGUAGCCGCUCCCCUAAAGUUGGGAGACAUGAAUUCUGGUUCUCACCUACACGUUGAAGGCAGUCUCUUAACAGUGGUGUACUAUACCAGUGUGAAAAGUGGAGCCUGUUUCGACAGUGACAACAACAUUGGAAACCACUCAGUUAAGAUCCACUUCCUCUGUCCGACUGGGAAUGAGGACCUGGGUCCUCGUAUCACCUUCCUGGACGAUAAUCUUUGUCUCCUCGUCGUACACUGGUAUUCAUCUUACGCCUGUGGUAAUGCAGCCAUACAGUCCACUGACUGCACGCUCACCACCUCUCUAGGAUUAAACUUUGACCUCACGGGCCUUAGUUCUCAAGAGAGUGUCACAAGCAAUACACAGCUAGACUCAAGUGGGGGACAAUAUCGUUACGACUUCAAGAUAUGCUCCAAGAAUUCUCUAAGCACUGGAUGUGCUUCUAGGGAUCAACCGAUUCGUGUAACACAGAUAGAUGGUGGUGGUAUGUGUCAUGUGCUUGGAGUGGGGGCCGGAAGACUUCGUUAUGUGGACGGAGAGCUCACACUUAUGUAUGGACUUGGAGAUCCUUGUCACACUAACUUUGCUCGCACAACCAUCAUUCACUUCAUUUGCCCAGAGAAUGUCGAGUCAAAUUCAAGUGUUAUAACUUUUUCAGGUGAAGAAGACUGCUUCUACGAGUUUGAAUGGGUUACUCCCCUCGCUUGUGGGGCACAGACUUCAGGGGUCUCUUCUUGUCAAUUUGAGAUUCUGGGGAGCAUUUACAAUUUGGCCCCCCUCGUUGGUACAGAGAACGAAAAUUGGAUCGCACUAGACACCCAAACAGACACCCAAACAGACACCCAAACACACACCGAGUGCUUCAUGGUUAACCCUUGUGGAACAUUGGCUGUGGCUCCUGAUCCACAUUCAUCACCAGCAGAUUACUGCAAUGCCAAACUUGCCCCGGAAGAGUGUGCUGGGAGCAGCGUGUGUCAGGUCAAAAAAGAUGGCACUCUUAUGAAAAUUGGCCGUUUCGAUUUCAGUUCAAGCUCUACCCAGGUCCACAGUGCUGACAGCAAUGUUGUAACCGUGGUGGGAGAUGAGACUAAUACUAAUUUUUCUGUUGUGGUACACUAUGUGUGUAAAGUGGGAGAUUUCACCACACCCCCUAUCUUUAUCGGCGUGACAAAUGACAUGUUAUAUGAGUUCCAUUGGAUGACGUAUGCUGCCUGUCCCACUGGUGUUGAGCUUGGCAACGACUGCACUGUCAUCCAUCACUCCACUGGCUUUGUCUUCAACCUCACCUCUCUCCCAGUUAUAUCAUUCAACCGAGAUAACUACCAAUACAACGUAUCGAUAUGUAAACCACUACCACUAGAUAAGACUGUUUGUUCUCCUAGAACUAAAACAAACACCGCCGUGUGCCAAUCAGUUGGAGCUAAUCACUAUUCUCUUGGAAAUUCGAGUUCAACUUUAGUAUAUGAGGAUGGAACACUCAAAUUAAAAUAUACUGGAGGGACACGAUGUCACCACAAUGGCAAUCCUAACAGAAACACCACAUUAGUUUUUGUGUGUGACAGCACAGCACAUGACCCAGUAGUCAACGACAUUGACGAGGAUUACUGCAACUACGUAAUUGAAAUUAGAACAAAGAAAGCAUGCCCACCAGCAUAUCAAGCGCAUUCUUGUCUUCACUUUACUCCCACCAACACGUUUGACUUCUCUGCUCUCUCACGAGCUAGUGGCAUUGGGAACUGGGAGACUCGGGGACGGGACGACUCUCUAUACUACAUCAACAUCUGUCAACCCUUGAACUCUGUUGCGGGGUGCAACCCUCUCGCAGCUGUGUGUAGGGUGCAGAUUAUAGCGGGGAGGACGAAGUAUACAAAUAUUGCUCUAGCAUCAACUGCUAAUUUUACGUCCUCAAGUCAAUCUGGAGAAAACUUCAUCAAUCUCAAGUACGAGUAUAAGAACCAAGGAGAGGAAUUAUGCCCUACUGUAACGACCAUUAUACAUCUGACCUGCAACAAGUCCUCUCUCUAUGUAGAGACGGGCCCUGUCUACUUGUCAGGCGGAGAUGAUGCCAGCCCUUGUGACUACCUCUUUACCUGGGAGACAGUGUAUGCCUGCCCCAUCCAUCCUAUCACCUCUCAAACAUGCUCAGUUUCGAACCCAUCAGGAUUCACCUUUGACCUAUCUCCACUUAGUUAUAUAAACUCUACCCUUUCUUACUUCCCCAUUGACACGCCUUCUGGCCACACCUAUCACGUAUCCAUAUGCAACCCUCUAAACCAUCCGUGCAUGACAGCCGAAGACAAUGGGACUGUGGCUGUGUGUCAGAUCGACUCAUCACAUAAACCACAUCAAUGUGGGCUGUCAAACACACAGACACUCACUUAUUUCGAUGGCAGCUUGACUAUGAACUUUAUAGGCGGCGAUCAAUGUCAUCACAACAAUAAAAAUCGCUCUGUUUUGAUCAAUUUCGAAUGUGACCGUACUCUGGUUGAUUACAAAGGUUAUCCCCGGUUUGUCUCUGAGAACGAAGACUGUGGCUACACAUUUGAUUGGCCGACUGCUCUGGCGUGUCCACCGCAAGAACUCCAGUGCUUGGCCAGUGGGGGAAGGUACAAUCUCCAGCCAUUGCUACAGCAGCAAGUGUGGAGUGUGAGAGGGUUGGGGGAUGGCUACAGCUAUGUCAUUGGUGGAUGUAGGUCUCUGGACUUUUCCAAGGUUCCUCAAUGUCCACAGAGAGAAGGAAUGGGGGCAUGUCGCUACCGUGAUGAUGAUUCUCCAGGCUCAGGGUCGGUGCUGGGAUACAUCAGUAGUGAUAUUGUGGAAGAGAGGGAUGGGGAGCUCGUACUGACGUACACCAAUGGAGAUUGCUCAAAUGGGAGAAGGGGUGUGGUACAUGUCCACUUCCGAUGUGGGGACAGCGUGGGUGAGCCGACACUGGACUAUAAUACCAACUGUGUGGUGAGCAUUGAUUGGAACACUAAGUAUGCCUGCCCUCGAGACAGCAGAGUGGCCGACUGGUUCAUAGAGGAUCCAGUUACUCAUCAGCAGUUCAACCUCUCAUCUCUACCCCCCCUACUCUUCAAUACGUAUGCAGAAACCAAUGGCUUUAACUAUAACUACACGGUAGGUCUUGGAGGGAAAGGAGUGCUUUGCCCUCGACAAUGGAAGGACGAUACACAACUGGAUAUUGGAGCAUGCCAGUACACCCUCCACAGCGUGGACAACCAUACACACAACGUACACUCUCUGGGCUAUGUCAACAGCAAUACCACACUACAAUACAUUGGCGGGGAGAUCAGUGUCGAGUAUCUGAAUGGAGAUGAAUGUCACCACGUAUCUAAAGAGCGUAAGACUGUCGUGAAUUUUGCUUGUGAGCCUUCAAGGGAUGAUUUCCUUGAAGUAUUUCCUGAAAAGGAAUGUGAGUAUACCUUCACUGUGCACACUGGUCUCGUGUGUAAGGAUUUGGAGAACAUUGGAGUGCCCUGUAUACUCCCCCACUUUGCUAAUCUAGAUGUGUUUCAAGCUCAUGGCAUGGUAGAAGUGAGGCUGAAUGAUUCUGCAAUGGUCUACUUCUCUGUGUGUAGCACUCUCGAUACCGCUAACAGCAAAAUCAGCAAGUGUCCUAAGGGAGCAGCUGCGUGUCUUCUUAAUACUGAAACUGGAAAAGCGGUCCACUUGGGCAAGCCCAGGACUUCGCCCGAAGGACUCUCAGGAGAUGAGGGGGUGCUUCUGGAGUACAGCGCAGGAGGAGAGUGUAUGAAAACCAGAUACUCCACUAGAAUACUUCUUGUCUGCAACAGAAACAUCAUAAUUGGUUCUCCUGAGUUUGUUGACUUCAGUGACUGUCAGUACACUUUUCGCUGGGAGAGUGUCAAUGCCUGCCCCAUUCACCUGGCCUACACUAGUUCAUCAAAGGAUGCAUGCUCCAUUAAUGAUACUUCAUCAGAGUUUAUGUACGACUUCACAAACCUUGUCAACUCUGAGCAAAUCUCUGCAAUUGACUCUAGCUCUGGCACUACCUACUACAUACAGUUGUGUGGUACCAAGUCUAAUCUGCCCUCAGAGGCUGCUGGAUGUAACACGAAAGAUACUGGAAUUUGUAGCAAAGGGUCAAGCGGUAAACCAGCCACAACCCUUGUCUCAGCGACCCACAAGAUUGUGUUAACCUCUCACACUCCGCGCACAGUGGAGGUGGUGUACACUGUGGGAAUGCCCUGUCAUUCUCUCCUACGAACAUGGACAGCUGUUGUCAGUCUGCAGUGUGCCUCCAGAAAGAGCUCCACUAAGAUGCCCGUUUUCCAGUCUUCUGAUGAUUGUAGGCUGGACUUUGUUUGGCAGAAUGCAUCUUUUUGUGUGGGGGAAGAGUCUUGCUCUGUUAGUGAUGACAAGGGACAUGUGUACAAUUUUGAUGGACUCUUUUCACAGACCUGGACAGGCAUUGUUACAAGUGAUUCCCACUCCACUGAGGAAGGUGGGACCUUCACAAUGAGUGUCUGUCGUAACCUCAACCCAUUCUCUGGCAGUGGCUCUCAUUGCUCCUCUCCAGCAGGGAUUUGCUUGAAAAGUCCCGACGGCCGCCAUCAUGUGAAUCUUGGUCACAUGACUGGUACUCCUAAGAUACAAGCUACAUCUGACCCCCAUCCAACCAUUCAGGCCAAAUACUCCAGUGGAGAUGUGUGCAACGCCACCACAGGUGCUCGCUAUACUACCACCCUCUUUCUGCACUGUGCCCCAGAAACCUCCUCCCCUAUACUCUCACUACAUGAGGAUGCCCCCAAUGGGAAUUGUACAUGGGCUGUUGCUAUGGAAACCCCUCUUGCUUGUCCCCCGGAUAAAUCGAGCAGUCAGGUGGAGUGUGUAAUGAGCACAUCUGAAGGAGAGUUUGACUUCACUCCCCUAGGCCAACAGCUCACUUUUGCAGCUAAGGGCUUAAAGUACAGUGUAUGUCUGUGCAAGAGUGCCCGUUGUUCUGUUGCCUCUAUAAACUCCACCACUGAGCGGGGUGAAACCACCAAACUGGGCACUCUGAGUGCUAGUAGUCUGAUGCUGUCUUCCGUCACUGGGGGCCCCAGACUUACAUUCACAGGAGGUGACAGCUGCAGUGAAGGUAGGAGUAUUCAGAGCAUUAUCUUCAUGGAAUGUAACAGAACUGCAGAUAAAAGCCAAGGCGAACUUACUCUUCAAAAAUCUGUCUCGGAUGAGUGUCAUAAGUACUUCUUCUGGUCCACUCCGUACGCGUGCAUAUCAGAGGAGGUCAGCUGCACAGUUGCCACAGAUAAGGGGGAUGUGCUCUAUGACUUCUCUCCGUUGCAUUCUCUGGGGAAGCCAUGGCAGGUCACGUUAGGGGCUGACACCUAUUAUAUAAACGUUUGUGGAGCAAUUGAACAUAGAAGUUUGUAUGAACUUGAAGGAUGUGGUCCACAGUCAUCAGUGUGUGUGAAAAGCUCUGGUAAAUUCCACAGUUUGGCCACCACUUCUACUCAAAGAGUGCAAGUGACUGACGAAGGUGUGCUGAUAAGGUUUAGUGGUAAUGGGACUGGUUGUGGAAGUCACGUGAGUGUGCAGAUGACUUGUGGAGUGGGGGAAAUACUCAUCACAGAUCCCUCUCCAGGAUGCUAUGCGAGUGACUUCACCUGGAAAACACCAUAUGCUUGUGGAGAGAAUAAGGCUGUUGUUUCCAAUGACUGCAAAUUUGAUGCAUCUCUCUUCUCUGGCAGCUACUUCUCCUUCCAGCCAAAAUUUCUCCAACAGUCAUCCAGCUAUAAUACAACUGUUGAAGGGGGUACAACAUACUAUGUGAACCUCUGUGGGAAAGCCAAAGAGUGUGAGGAAGAUGUGUCAGUAUGUGACAGCAAUAAGAAUAUGAUAGCAUCCUACAAACAGCAAACGAUAAUGGCUGAAGGCUACCAGUUACUCUUCCAGAUGACUAAAAGUGUAUCUCAUGCAAUUGUGAGGGUGGUGUGUUUAGUUGGUGAUGUAGUCACACACACCCCUAAGCCUGGCACUCUGCUUCUGGAGAACGUGGGGAAACAGAAUGAGCACACCUACUAUUAUUUUGUCCUUUACACCAAGGGAUGCAAAUUUGAUUCUGGAGCCAUUGCUCCUCCGGCCACCACCAAUUCCCCUGAAGCUAUUCCUCCUGGCAGCAGCAGCACCACAGCUGUUGUUCUCGUGCUCUUGGCUAUAGCAGUUGUUCUAGUUGUGGUUCUUAUUUUGGUCUUCUAUAAGAAUACGAGAAGAGCUGCUGCAAAGCACUUUUUGGAGAAAUUGAUUAUCGGUAAAGCAGAUGAACCAGUCAAGUAUCACAAAAUUCAUCAUGAAAGAGAUGAGGAGACAGCACUGAUGGAUGGGAGCAGUGACUCAGACUCCAAUGAGAGUGUGAGCGUUUACGAGGAGGGUGGAGGGGGUGGGGCCCUGAAAGUGGACGUGGACAUUACACCAGAGAACAAAGAGACAAACUCGGAUGAAGAGCUUAUCAACAUUUAGCUCGCCAUUUUCAUACAGUAACAUAUAUAAUUAUACCAAUGCUGUACAUGCACGCUCGCUCGUUCCAAUAAUCUUUUAAUUUAUGUUAAUUAACAUAAUUAUAUAUAUAUAGUGUCAUGAUUAUAACGUUGUGACCAAUUACA